AUGACCCCCACGGGGACCCAGCGUCCGUUGGCUGAUCAGACCUACGCGGUGCCCCUCAUACAGCCAGACCUGCGGCGAGAGGAGGCCAUCCAGCAGGUGGCGGAUGCCCUGCAGCACCUACAGAAAGUCUCCGGAGACAUCUUCAGCAGGAUCUCCCAGCGAGUAGAGCUCAGCCGGAGCCAGCUGCAGGCCAUUGGGGAGAGGGUCUCCUUGGCCCAGGCCAAGAUUGAGAAGAUCAAGGGCAGCAAGAAAGCCAUCAAGGUGUUCUCCAGUGCCAAGUACCCUGCCCCGGAGCGCCUGCAGGAGUACAGCUCCAUCUUCACGGGGGCCCAGGACCCUGGCGUGCAGAGGCGUGCCCGCCACAGGGUCCAGAGCAAGCACCGUCCCCUGGACGAGCUAGCCCUACAGGAGAAGCUGAAAUACUUCCCCGUGUGCGUGAGCACCAAGCCGGAGCCCGAAGACGAGGCCGAGGAGGGGCUGGGGGGUCUCCCCAGCAACAUCAGCUCUGUCAGCUCCUUGCUGCUCUUCAACACCACGGAGAACCUGUACAAAAAGUAUGUCUUCCUGGACCCCCUGGCUGGUGCCGUAACAAAGACCCACGUGACGCUGGGCGCGGAGACGGAGGAGAAGCUGUUCGAUGCCCCGCUGUCCAUCAGCAAGAGAGAGCAGCUGGAGCAGCAGGUCCCGGAGACCUACUUCUACGUGCCCGACCUGGGCCAAGUGCCCGAGAUCGACGUGCCGUCCUACCUGCCCGACCUGCCGGGCGUGGCCGACGACCUCACGUACAGUGCGGACCUGGGCCCCGGCAUUGCCCCGUCGGCCCCUGGCCCCAUUCCAGAGCUGCCUGCCUUCCACACGGAGGUGGCUGGGCCUUUCAAGCCCGACCUAGAAGAUGGGGUGCUGGCGGUACCCCCACCGCCGCCGCCGCCGCCACCACCACCACCAGCUCCGGCCCUGCUGGUCAGCGCUCUCCCACCUCCGCCCCCAGCCCAGACCGUGGCCCCGCUGGGACAGCCAGCCAGGGAGGAAGACAGCGGUGGCGCAUCUCCUUCAGUCCAGGGAGCGCCCAAGGAAGUGGUUGAGCCCUCCGGUGGCCGCGCCACUCUGCUGGAGUCCAUCCGCCAGGCCGGGGGCGUUGGCAAGGCCAAGCUGCGCAGCGUCAAGGAGCGCAAGCUGGAGAAGAAGCAGCGGAAGGAGCAGAAGCAACAAGUGAGAGCCACCAGCCAAGGUGGAGACCUGAUGUCAGAUCUCUUCAACAAGCUGGCCAUGAGGCGCAAAGGUAUCUCCGGGAAAGGACCCGGGCCGGGGGCCAGCGAGGGGCCGGGAGGGGCCUUUGCCCGAAUGUCGGACUCCAUCCCGCCCCUGCCUCCCCUGCAGCCAGCGCCGGGAGAGGAGGACGAGGAUGACUGGGAAUCCUAG